GUUUUAUUUUCCAUAUCACUUGAGUUGAUUUCUCCCCCAAGACAAGGGCAUUUCAGGAAACUAAACACUGAACCAGAACCUCCGACAAACAAGGGUUUAUGGAGGGGUUUUGAGACAAAACAAUUCCACUCCACCACCUCCUUACUUCUUCCGUCUCCUCUCCCACACUUCCUCAAACACAAUGUUUAUAUGUUUCUCAUGAGAUAACAACAUCACACAUUUCACUCAACUAAUCAUUCAAAACCCUAAUUUUAAAAAAUUCUCACCAUUGAUUUUCUCAUCUUCAAAUGUUGAAGGUUCUCUCAUACUCAUGUCGAUUCCAGAAUGUUCUCGCUUCUCAUUCUCGAGCUUCCGCCAUAACUCGGAAUUCCACCGAGUCAACUACGCCAUUGCUCCGAGUUCUCAACUCGCUUCGAGGUUCUAAUCACUUUAACUCUUGUGUUUAUCGCCGUGCUUUCUUCUGCUCAGAUUCGUCUUCCUCGGAUGGCUCUGACUCGGUUGUUGAUGGUGGACCUGUGGCUAAGUCCGCCACUGGGGAAGCUGAGGAUGCCGAUUCGAAGUCUUCGAAUUCGAUUCUACCUAGCGUGUUUCGCCCUGAAGAGUGUUUCACGGUUUUGGCAUUGCCACUUCCUCACCGACCGCUAUUUCCUGGGUUCUACAUGCCAGUCUAUGUAAAGGAUCCCAAAUUGUUAGCAGCUCUGGCAGAAAGUCAAAGAAGGCAAGCCCCCUAUGCUGGUGCCUUCCUUGUUAAAGAUGAGGCCGAUUCUGACACAGAGAAGAAUAUUAAUGAUCUUAAAGGACAAGAACUUUUAAAUCGGCUGCAUGAGGUUGGGACGUUGGCCCAGAUUACAAGCAUCCAGGGAGAGCAGGUUGUUCUUAUCGGUCACCGGAGACUUCGGAUAACGGAGUUGGUGAAUGAGGAUCCUCUCACUGUCAAAGUUGAUCAUCUGAAGGAUUUACCAUAUGACAAAGACGAUGAUGUCAUAAAAGCAACCUCAUUUGAGGUUAUAUCUACUGUAAGGGAUGUAUUGCAAAGAAGUUCACUCUGGAGAGAUCAUGUUCAAACAUAUACAAAGCAUAUUGGUGAUUUUAAUUAUCCAAGACUAGCAGAUUUUGGAGCAGCUAUAUCUGGUGCAAACAAGCUGCAAUGUCAGCAAGUGCUUGAGGAGCUAGAAGUGCUCAAGCGCUUACAGUUAACCCUGGAAUUAGUGAAGAAAGAAAUGGAAAUCAGUAAGAUUCAGGAAACUAUAGCAAAAGCUAUUGAAGAGAAAAUCAGUGGUGAGCAACGCCGUUAUCUUCUGAAUGAGCAGCUUAAGGCCAUAAAAAAGGAGUUGGGGCUUGAAACAGAUGACAAAACAGCACUUACUGCAAAGUUUAGGGAAAGGAUUGAACCAAACAAAGAUAAAAUUCCACAGAAUGUUUUGCAAGUCAUAGAAGAAGAACUUACGAAGCUCCAACUGCUGGAGGCCAGCUCAAGUGAAUUCAAUGUUACCCGCAACUAUCUUGAUUGGUUGACAGCAUUGCCUUGGGGAAACUACAGUGAUGAAAAUUUUGAUGUUGCUCAUGCACAAAAAAUACUUGAUGAAGACCACUAUGGCUUGUCUGAUGUCAAGGAGAGGAUAUUGGAAUUUAUUGCUGUUGGAAAGUUGCGGGGAACAUCUCAAGGAAAAAUUGUUUGUCUCUCUGGCCCACCUGGUGUGGGAAAAACUAGCAUUGGCCGUUCCAUAGCACGUGCGUUGAAUAGAAAGUUCUAUCGUUUUUCUGUUGGGGGACUAUCUGAUGUUGCUGAGAUUAAGGGUCAUCGUCGGACUUAUAUUGGGGCUAUGCCUGGGAAAAUGGUGCAGUGUCUAAAAAGUGUGGGAACUGCUAACCCUCUUGUGUUAAUAGAUGAAAUCGACAAGUUGGGUAAAGGACAUGCUGGUGAUCCAGCAAGUGCUAUGCUGGAGCUUCUUGACCCUGAACAAAAUGCAAAUUUUCUGGAUCACUAUCUUGAUGUCCCCAUUGAUUUAUCAAAGGUUUUAUUUGUCUGCACAGCUAAUGUCGUGGAAAUGAUUCCCAACCCUCUUUUGGACCGAAUGGAAGUGAUCUCAAUUGCAGGCUAUAUCACUGAUGAGAAAAUGCGCAUUGCUCGUGACUAUUUGGAAAAGACCACCCGUGAAGCAUGUGGCAUCAAGCCUGAGCAGGUUGAACUCACCGAUGCAUCCUUACUUGCUCUAAUUGAAAAUUAUUGUCGGGAAGCUGGGGUCCGCAACCUUCAGAAACAAAUUGAAAAAAUUUAUCGCAAGAUUGCUCUACAACUUGUGAGGCUAGGUGCUGCGAAUGAGUCAUCUCUUGCUUCUGAUGCUAAAGCUGAUUGCCUUGUUAACUCAAGUGGAAACAUGAUUCAGGAAGAAAGCGAAAUUAAAGAUGAAACUGAAGAGAAAAGAAAUGAAGAGAAGUGUGAUGAGACCAGUUCAGAUGAUACAGAUUCUGAACAGAAGCACCCCCAAAGAUCUAAUGAUAAACUUGAUGGCUCAAAGGAUACAACUGAAGUUGACGAAGCUGAAGAAGCGAAUGUGAUUGAGAAAGUGGUGGUCGACCAAUCGAAUCUGUCUGAUUUUGUUGGGAAACCUGUUUUUCAUGCCGACCGUAUUUAUGAUCGGACCCCUGCUGGAGUCGUGAUGGGUCUAGCUUGGACUGCUAUGGGAGGAUCAACUCUCUACAUUGAGACGACCCAUGUUGAGCAAGGAGAAGGAAAAGGGGCCCUUAAUUUAACUGGGCAACUUGGAGAUGUCAUGAAGGAAAGUGCACAAAUAGCCCUCACAGUUGCCCGCGGAAUACUACUAGAGAAGGACCCAGACAACAACUUCUUUGCCAAUUCCAAGGUUCAUCUCCAUGUUCCUGCUGGAGCCACACCAAAGGAUGGGCCAAGUGCCGGUUGCACUAUGAUUACUUCACUGCUCUCUCUUGCGAUGAAGAAACCUGUUAAAAAGGACUUGGCAAUGACUGGGGAGGUGACGCUCACUGGGAAGAUACUUCCAAUUGGCGGGGUAAAGGAAAAGACCAUAGCAGCUAAGAGGAGUGGCGUGAAGACCAUAAUCUUUCCCGCUGCAAACCGAAGGGACUUUGACGAGCUUAGCCCUAAUGUGAAAGAAGGCUUAGAUGUCCACUUUGUAGAGGACUACAGUGAAAUAUAUGGUUUGGCAUUUACAGAGGACUCCGACUAAAGAUAAAACAUUAGAACAUUCUUUUUUGUGUCAUCCUCAAGCAAUAAAGCAGUCCACUUGAAUCUUAUGGAUGAUCCCAUAUUCAGGGAGUUUUCAUAUGUGGAUGAGGGGUUAAUAGAAGGUGGAAAGAGGAAUGGCAGAAUUUACAUAUGAAUCUAUCUUAGGGAUAUUCAAACUUCGCUUCCUAGUAUCGUUUGUUGUAAGCUUCGUGAUACUACAGUUCAAGGCUAGUGACUAGUCAUCAUUCUUAUUCUUUUACGUUGGUAUACUAAAGCAUCUGUAAGAACAUGAUUUUUUGACAAAAAUAUAACGGAACAGUUCGAACAA